GAUACCGAUGCAGAUCUGCAGUAUAUCACUGCGUCAACCGAAUUGCUUGUUGUCGACCAGGCCGAGAUGUUGCUGAUGCAGAAUUGGGCCAAUGUGCAACAAAUAAUCGGUAUGCUGAACCAGCGUCCCACAAAAGCUGCCUUCAGUUCCGCCGCUCGCAUUCGAUUGGCCUAUUUGGCCGGUUACGGGAAACUGUAUCGACAGACUUUGAUAUUCUCGGCGGUUGCAGCACCGCAGAUUAUGCUACUAGCUGGUGAAUGUGAAAAUUUUCAAGGAUUCAACUAUAUUCCACCACUGCCAUGCUAUCCCGGUCUAUAUCCAACUUACUUACCCGAUCAUGUAAGGAUUCCCGGUUUGAAGCCGGUACAGACACAGACAGUGAACGGCGCUCCCUUGCAUCCGGCUAAGAAGGCCCGUGUUGUUCCGAGUAACGACCAGUCUGCCCCGGGGUUGCCUGAUGUCAAACUCACUCUGAUUCCGUUUGCUGUUUUCGGUCAAACGGACUCGGGCCCACAAAAUCCGGUCAAUUCAAAUUCCGAUAGCGAUGACGAAGAUGUGAACGAUGAGAUGACAAUCACAACAAAGAUAAACACUCAUUCGAACUCGAAUCAGCUGGUGGUAUCUGCGGGUCCCUUGCCUGAAAAAUCGCUAAUCGCUUUGAGUGAUCGAGCCAUUCCACUUGCUCGCCUGAAUGCAUUCAAACAACGUGUACUCCCAAGGCUACGUCGUGGUUUAGAUCCACGUGUGCUGAUCUAUGUUCCCGACUUCUACGAUUUGGAAGAACUGCGACUCCUGUUACGGGCUGAAUCAUUGGAUUUUUGUUGCAUACACGAGUAA